CAAAAAAAACAAAACAAAACUCCCCACCUCCCUACGGCUGCCUGGCCAAAACCAAACCGAGGGGUGGGGCUUGCUUGGGUCCAACAUGUGCUACCUUAGGAUGUAGUGUAACAAUGGGGCUGGGGUGGGCAGCGUGGGCCUGUGAGCGCCCGCAACCCCCAGCUCCCCCCCGCAGCCGGCUCCACAAUGGUCCGCUCCGGUUGCCGGGUACGGAUUCGGGUUCUGAGUUCUCCGCUGCUUGUUGAGGCCGGGGUUACUGUGGCGACCGCCAGAGCAGCCUUAGCGCUAUGGAGGAGCCAGGGGCUACCCCUCAGCGAUACUUGGGGCUGGUCCUGGAGGACCUACACAGGGUUGUGGCAGCGCCGCCUGAAAGUAUGAGACUGGAUUCGAAUCCUCAUGGUUUUCCAUGGAAAUUGGUGAUAUGUGCAGCUGUUGCUGCAUUUUUUGCUGUUCUCCUUUUUCUGUGGAGAAGUUUUAGAUCGGUUAGGAGUCAGCUUUAUGUGGGAAGAGAGAAAAAGCUUGCUAUAAUGCUUUCUGGACUAAUUGAAGAAAAAUGUAAACUACUUGAAAAAUUUAGCCUUGUUCAAAAAGAGUAUGAAGACUAUGAAGUAGUGUCAUCUUUAGAGGAUGCCAGCUUUGAGAAGGCGGCAACAGAAGCACAAAGUUUGGAGGCAAUCUGUGAAAAGCUGAACAGGUCCAAUUCUGAACUUGAGCAUGAAAUACUCUGUCUAGAAAAAGAGUUAAAAGAAGAGAAAUCUAAACAUUCUCAACAAAAUGAAUUGAUGGCGGAUAUUUCAAAAAGGAUACAGCCUCUAGCAGAUGAGUCAAAAUCCCUCAAAUCACAAGUAACUGAAGCCAAAAUGAUCUUCAAGAGAUUUCAAAUGACUGAAAAACAACUGAAGAUAGCAAUAAAAGACGCUUUGAAUGAAAAUUCUCAACUUCAGGAAAGCCAGAAACAGCUUUUGCAAGAAGCUGAAGUAUGGAACGAACAAGUGAGUGAACUUAAUAAACAGAAAAUAACAUUUGAAGACUCCAAAGUACAUGCAGAACAAGUUCUAAAUGAUAAAGAAAAUCACAUCAAGACUCUGACUGAACGCUUGCUAAAGAUGAAAGAUUGGACUGCUAGGCUUAGAGAAGACGUAACGGAUGAUGAUAACUUAGAAGUGAACAGUGAAUCAGAAGAUGGUGCUUACUUAGAUGAUCCUCCAAAAGGAGCUUUGAAGAAACUGAUUCAUGCUGCUAAGUUAAAUGCUUCUUUAAAAACCUUAGAAGGAGAAAGAAACCAAAUUUAUAUCCAGUUAUCUGAAAUUGAUAAAACAAAGGAAGAGCUUACAGAGCAUAUUAAAAAUCUUCAGACUGAACAAGCAUCUUUGCAGUCAGAAAACACACAUUCAGAAAGUGAGAAUCAGAAGCUUCAACAGAAACUUAAAGUAAUGACUGAAUUCUAUCAAGAAAAUGAAAUGAAACUCUACAGGAAAUUAACAGUAGAGGAAAAUAACCAGUUAGAGAAAGAAGAGAAACUUUCCGAGGUAGACAAAAAGAUCAGCCAUGCCACCAAAGAGCUGGAGACCUACAGACAGCAAGCCAAAGAUCUUGAAGAAGAAUUGGAGAGAACUAUUCAUUAUUAUCAACGGCAGAUUAUUUCCCAUGAGAAAAAAGCGCAUCAUAAUUGGUUGGCAGCUUGGACUGCUGAAAGAAACCUCAAUGAUUUAAGGAAAGAAAAUGCUCACAACAGACAAAAAUUAACUGAAACAGAGUUUAAAUUUGAACUUUUAGAGAAAGAUCCUUAUGCACUCGAUGUUCCAAAUACAGCAUUUGGCAGAGAGCAUUCCCCAUAUGGUUCCUCAUCAUUGGGUCGGCCUUCAUCUGAAACGAGAGCUUUUCUCUCUCCCGCAACUCUGUUGGAGGGUCCACUCAGACUUUCACCUUUGCCUCCAGUGGGAGAAGGAAGAGGCUCAAGAGGCCCAGAAAAUCCUCUGGACCAUCAGAUUACCAAGGAAAGAGGAGAAUCAAGCUGUGAGAGGUUAACCGAUCCUCACAGGUCUCCUUCUGACACUGGGCCCCUGUCACCUCCGAGGGAACAAGACCGUAGGAUGAUGUUUCCUCCACCAGGGCAAUCAUAUCUUGAUUCAGCUCUUCCUCCACAAAGGCAAGACAGAUUUUAUUCUAACUCUGGUAGACUGUCUGGACCAGCAGAACUCAGAAGUUUUAAUAUGCCUCCUUUGGAUAAAAUGGAUGGGUCAAUGCCUUCAGAAAUGGAAUCCAGUAGAAAUGAUACCAAAGAUGAUCUUGGCAAUUUAAAUAUCCCUGAUUCAUCUCUCCCUGCUGAAAAUGAAGCAACUGGCCCUGGCUUUGUUCCUCCACCUCUUGCCCCAGUCAGAGGUCCAUUGUUUCCAGUGGAUACAAGGGCCCCGUUCAUGAGAAGAGGACCUCCUUUCCCCCCACCUCCUCCAGGAACCGGGUUUGGAGCUUCACCAGGUUAUCUUCCACCAAGGGAUUUCCCAGGUCCACCACAUGCUCCAUUUGCAAUGAGAAAUAUCUAUCCACUGAGGGGUUUUCCUCCUUACCUUCCCCUCAAGACCUGGAUUUUUCCCCCCACCCCCACAUUCUGAAGGUAGAAGUGAGUUAGUUCCCUUCAGGGCUGAUUCCACCUUCAAAUGAGCCUGCUACUGAACAUCCAAAACUGCAGCAAGAUACCUGACAAUAUUUUUGCUGUCUUCAAAAGUAAUUCUGACUGAUCUCAUUUUAAGUAACUGCUGUUACUUAAGUGAUUACACUUUUGCUCAAAUUGAAACUUAAUGGAAUUAUAAUUCUUAGGAUAGUAUUUUGUAAAUAAGGAUGAUUUAAAUAUGAAUCUUAUAAGUAAAUUAUUUCCACUGUAUUUUAUUCUAGAUAGUAUAACUAUUUUAAUUUGAUUAAUCCACUAUUAUAGAAACAACAGUGGGUGUUUUACAUAUGUAAUCUUGCAGGUGGGGAGGCUUUAAAUUCUAAAGGCUGUGUCUUUAUGCCAACAACUGUAUUUACUGUAGGUGUAGACAAAUGUGAAAGUAACUUUAUGCUUAAAUCAAUUUUAGUUGAUUAAAAAAAUUCAGAUAAUCCACAUGGUAACCAUUCAAUCACUAGCAGUAUUUGCCAUGUCUCCACUAAAUGUCUCAAA